AUGGCGUACCAACAAGGGCAAGGCCAGCAACAACAGCAAGACCCUCGCAACCCUAACCGCCUCCACCUCAACUUCGGCUUUAACAACCAGCAAGCCUUCGCCGGCGAGCAAGGUCGUGCCUUCCCCACCACUCCCUCGACAUUCCCACAACCCUUCCCGAAUAGCAAUGGUCAGCAAGAAGUCUGGGGUACACAACAGGCGACGAGCGGUAUCACAAACCAAGGCUACUUCUACAACAACCCGAACUCCUACCAACAAUAUGGCGCUCACGGCAUGCCCUCGCCCGGUCCUGCCGCCGGGUAUCGUUCCCCAGGUGGCUUCAACGACGCGACGAACGGGCUAGCACACCAAUUCCAGCACCAGAACCUCGGCGGCAACACUCCACGAUCAGCGAGUCCUUACGGCAGGCAGCCAUCGCCAGCCAGCUCGAGGCCGAGAACAGGUGGGCAGCCGCAGUAUGGCAAUUACCUCAACACGGGCAUGGCGGCGCCGCCGCAGGGGCCGAGUGUCUAUGAUGAUGAGCCGCCGACGAAGAACUCGGAGAAGUAUUCUACUGCUAUUUCCGAGCGGAUGAAGCUGCAGAAGAUGCUUACGCAGGAGUUCUUUAAGGAGAACGUGGAGAGGGCGCGCGCUCGGAAUGAGAGGGCCAAGGAUCUAGAGAGCACAAUGCUGGCGAAGGACUUGUCAGACUCGCGCAAAGAGCAGAGGAAGAAUAACAUGCGCAAGUCCGAAGCCAACUUCUUGCGAUUCUUGCGGACAAGCGAGCGGCCCCAGAACUACAACACGCUGAAGAUCAUCGGGAAGGGUGCUUUCGGUGAGGUCAGGCUGGUGCAGAGGAAGCAUGAUGGCAAGAUUUAUGCGUUGAAGUCGUUGAUUAAGGCGGAGAUGCACAAGAAAGACCAACUGGCGCACGUCAGGGCGGAGCGCGACAUUCUCGCGAACGCCGACAGUCCGUGGCUGGUCAAGCUGCAUACCUCCUUCCAAGACUCGACUUUCCUCUACAUGCUGAUGGAGUUCUUGCCCGGUGGUGAUCUGAUGACGAUGCUGAUCAAGUAUGAGAUCUUCUCGGAGGACAUCACGCGAUUCUACAUGGCGGAGAUCACGCUGGCGCUGGAGGCGGUGCACAAGCUUGGCUUCAUACAUCGUGACAUCAAGCCGGACAACAUCCUACUGGACCGUGGCGGACACAUCAAGCUCACUGACUUCGGCUUGUCGACAGGGUUUUCCAAGGAGCACUCGGCAUCCUACUACCAACAGCUCAUGUCGCAAGCGAAGCACAAGUCCAUGAACCAGAACCGCAACUCCGUAUCCCUCGACCAGAUCCAGCUCACCGUCUCCAACCGCAAUCAGAUCAACACGUGGCGCAAGUCGCGGCGUCAGCUCGCUUACUCGACAGUAGGAACACCCGACUACAUCGCGCCAGAGAUCUUCAGCGGCAAGGGCUACGACUUCGGAUGCGAUUGGUGGAGUGUCGGCACUAUCAUGUUUGAGUGUCUUAUAGGAUGGCCACCUUUCUGUGCUGAGGAGCCGCACGACACCUACCGCAAGAUUGUCGACUGGCAGCGUCAUCUGAGCUUCCCGCCGGAUCAGCAGCUGGGACCGGAGGCUGAGCACUUCAUCAGGAGCCUCAUCUGCGACUCCACGAACCGCCUCGGCCGCGUCAAUGGCGCGGCCGACAUCAAGCGCCACCCCUUCUUCAACGGCGUGCAGUGGGACGGCCUGCGCAAGAUCCGCGCGCCCUUUGAGCCCAAGCUGCAGAGCAACAUCGACACGCAGUACUUCCCCAUCGACGAGAUCCCGCAGAUCGACAACUCGGCGCAGCUGCGCGCGCAGACGGAGGCGGAGAUCCAGGGCGGCGGGAGCGAUGAGAGUACGCUGAGUUUGCCGUUUAUUGGGUAUACUUAUAAGCGGUUUGAUGCUUUUAGAGGGACUUGA